GCCGCGCAGCCGGCGGGGGGGAAGGCGGCGGCGACGCUGCCCGGCAUCGCCCCCGCGGGGCUCCCCCCGCCGCACCCCGCUUUCCCUCAAAGUUUGGGGCGGGAGGUACGAGGAAGGGGGGGGUGAAGACUGGAGCCAACUUGUCCCGGAUCCCUUUAUUCGCCGCCGGAGCCGCCGUCUCCCAACCCCCGCGUGUUUUGCUGAUUAAAGAGACGGACCUUGGUCCUGCCACCACCACUACCACCGCCGGGUGGCUGCCCGGCCGCCCCGCUCCUUCCUGCCCGCACCAUGGAGUUCACCCAGAGGAAGAGAAGCAGGAAAUCCCAAAGCUUUAAACUGAUCAACGAAGAUUACCAUCACGAGAUAUAUAAGAUCUCUGACUACAGCAAUGAUGUUAAUGGGGAGACCAAAGAAACACAACCAGUUUUUUUAGGAGAUGAAAGCCGGGAAAUUAAAAAACAAAUUACAGGGAUGAGAAGAUUACUGAAUGACAGCACUGGAAGAAUCUAUCAACGAGUUGGCAAAGAAGGAGAAAAACUGAAGGAGGAGCCCCAAGAUUUAGACUUAGCCUGGGCCCAGCACCUGAAUUCUUCUGCAGAGCCUCCGGCGAGCCUCCAUCCUCCACAGAGCAGUGCAUGGAAUGAGUUAUCACCCCAAGCUAGCCACUUUUCAGGGCAGUAUGGAACUCGAUCCAAAACGUUCCAAAAUCAAACGCGAACCGUGGCGUCCAAUGGAGAAAUUCCAAUGGUGAAUUCAUCAGUUGGACCAAACUGCUGUACAUGUAACUGUCAGUCAACCCUACAGGCUAUUCUUCAAGAGCUCAAGACCAUGCGGAAACUGAUGCAGAUUCAAGCAGUUGGGACUCAGAAUAGACAGCAACCUCCUGUUCCUCUGAUUUGUGCACAAAAGUCAACAAUAUCAAGAAAGAGAAAUAAAAAGAAAAAACUGCCCCUCAAACCUGUUGAACCAAUUCCCAUGAAUAAGAAAUCCAACUCUGCAGAGAAUGAAAAAAAGCUGUCGGCAAACUCAGAACGAUCGAGUCUGCAAGAAGUUGAACCCCCUCUAAAACCAGAAACCCCUCUUUCAGGAUUUGGAAUUAUCCUUGAAUCAGCUUCGUCAGAUCCAGAAGUGCAACUUGCAGAAGGCUUUGACGUCUACAUGCCGAAAUCUCAGCUGGACUCUAUAUUAUCAAACUAUACCCGCUCAGGAAGCCUGCUCUUUAGGAAGCUGGUCUGUGCAUUUUUUGAUGACAAGACUUUGGCUAACUCUUUACCAAAUGGCAAAAGGAAAAGAGGGCUCAAUGACAACCGGAAAGGACUAGACCAAAAUAUUGUGGGUGCAAUAAAAGUCUUUACAGAAAAAUACUGCACUGCUAACCACGUGGAUAAACUUCCUGGUCCUAGGGACUGGGUCCAGAUUCUUCAGGAUCAAAUUAAACUUGCAAGAAGACGAUUAAAAAGAGGCACAGCAGAGGCAACUGACUGUGAUGAGAAGCCGGACAUUUCUCUACUGCAAACAGGGAGGGAAGCAAUUCUGUUGCAAGAGAACCCUCAUAAAGGUAGCCUUUUUGACACCACAACAGAUCACCUGAUAGACACAAACCCAGACUUUUCAGUUUGAAUUUCACAUCCUGCAUCAGUGUUCUUAGUGGGUAGGAGCAUCCUCUCCUUCCAAUAAUGUUCCCUCAAGAGCGGCGCAAGAAUUUCAGCAUACCAGAAGAUGUGGACAUCCAUAAUGUUUUCCCUUCAACUUCCUGUUGCUCCAUGCAUUUUCCUUGUAACUUCAAAUAAUGAAACCACCAGACUGCUUCACUGUUCUUCAUCUUAAUUAAAGAUGAUUUCCCUCUGUAUCCAAUGCAUUAUUUAAUUAGCUGGGUAUCCACUCAGAACACAUCCUCUUGCCUUUGGUUUUCCUCCAUGAUUGUAUUUUUCCACGUGAUUGUAUGCUUGCCAGCAGCAUUUCAUUGUUAAGCCAUGCAGAGGUGGAUACACACAGUUGGGUGGCUCUUCCUGUCCCUGGGGAUUUGAGUGGCAUCUCUCUCCAUCACAAAACCCAGGGGCUCAGUGAGCAUUUGACUCAGCAAAGCUCUUUGCUUCUGCAGACCCACUUUUUCUUUUCCUGGCUACCAUGGAACCAAUGACCAAUUGUACACAGCUGUGAUUAAAAAGUUCUUGCUGGAUUUAGCAAGAAAUAAAGCAGGAUUCCUCCCAGCAGUGCCCUUAUAGCAAGGAGAGGCUAUUCCUCAAACAAUUUCCCCUACAUGGUCUUAGUGGGGAUGGCUUUUGAGCAUCUUUGUAGUGCAGAUUGCUGGAGGUGGUCAUUCUCCCCUCCUUUUCCCCCCUCCCCCCAGCUUGCCCUUACCACCUCAAUCUCAAAAUGUAUUAGUUUGCCGAUUUCCAGGAAGAGGGUCUGCACACUGUGAUUUUUCAACUGCUGCCCUUGGCAACAAUAUUCACCUAUUUUUAAAUAAAAAAGUCACCUUUUGACUGGCACUCUAUUGGUAUCUCAGCAGUUAAGAUGACUGAAUCGAUCAAAAAAUUGCACUACCCUCUUAGAGGCUGAAAGGGUUGGUCCUUUCAGGUCAGGGCUAAGGUAGAAUUGUACACGGCCCUCCAUGCAAACCUUCACUUCUGCACCUUUCAUCAGCACUAAAUUCACUUUAAAAAUGUUAGGGAAAAGUCUAGAAGGUCUUACCUGCAACAUCUAUCCAUCACCAGGUAGUUUCCUGCAAUUUGAGGGAGAGCUUGCUAGAGCAUUUACUAUUGUGUUCCCUUUCUCCAUGUGUAUCUUAGGUGCAUCUUUCAGGUUUUUUUGGAAACCAUUUGGCCUUUGAGUGUCUCAACAGAAGUGCUAUUACAGAGUGGGAUGGUUUUCAAAAUAUUUAGUCUUUUUUUUUAACAAUCCCAAAGCCUGUUUUAUCAGAUGUCACUGAAUGCCCACAAAUAACACCGAAAUCAGCGGGAGCAGAUUGUUCUCUCAGCACCUGAGAAAUGAGGCUCCCAACCCUUCCCUGCCUACCUACCAUGGACUGUUAGGAAUGACCAUGUUCUCUCUGAAACUUUGGAAACUGUGGACUAGAUUGCAUAUGCACUGCAAACCUUAAUAUUUGAGUCUUUCCUUCCUUUGUGGCUUGGAGUUGCCUGCGUUGGGCAGGGGGCACCAGUCUGUUGUGUCCGUGUUGUAACCCUUCAGCAACGGAAUCAGCGUUUUGUAAAUUUGGAAGAUUGCAUUUGUGUUUACUUACUGUGACUACUGUUCAGACUUUCUUCAGAAAUCUUUUUAUAGGGUUUACUAGAGAGAAGAAGAAGAAAAGAAAAAAAUCAUUCCAUAUUUAGGUAAAAAUGUCUCAAUCUUCUGUAUAUAUGUUUUAUUAAUAUGUAAAUAUUUAGAUAUUUUUAAAUUACUAUGUUCUUAAUAAAGCGACAAGGGACUAGUUGUGAAAUGGUGUAUAACAUUGUGUCGUGUUAUCGAGCUCUGGGAAGCCCUCUUUGUCAGUUCAGAAAAGAAAACCUACAAUAAAUAACUUUAAUUGCA